AUGGAAAGAAUUUCUUCGAGUAAAAGAUGGAAAAAGGAUGAUGAGGAAAAACUACGAGAAAUCAUUAAAAGGGAACGCGCCAACAAGAAGGAAGAAGACCGGAUGGAUUGGAAGUAUAUUUCAAAAGAGUUUGGCAACAGUAGGGAGAUCAAAUCACUACAAGAAAAGUACAGAAAUUUCCUGAAAAAAGAAGUGUGGCUUCCGUAUGGAAAUGGAAAGAGACAAAUCCCUUUUACUAGCAAACACGUCACCUUAAUAAUGAACGAAACGUGGAAAAACGUCGAUAAUAAAAAUCGUUGGCGUAGAAUAGCAAACAUCAUCAACAAACAAUUUCCCUUGCAGGUUGACUGCACGCCCAAUCAGGUUAAAAACAAGUAUAACACCACGUUCCGAAAGCUUCGUACGUAG